UUCCGGGCCGGGAGGCGGGUUAGCGGCUGUGUGGCGGCAAUGGAGGGCGAUCCUCCGCCGGUGGAGGAGCGGCGGCGGCUGCGGCAGGAGCUGAGCGAGUUCGUGGAGAGCUGCUGCCGGACGCUGGAGGAGGUGACGGCGUCGCUGGGCUGGAGCCUGGACCGGCUGGAGCCCGGGGAGGAGGAGGCGGCCGAGGAUGAAGUUGCCAUAUGCCCUUAUGAUUCCAAUCAUCACAUGCCUAAGUCGUCUUUAGCAAAGCACAUGGUAUCUUGUAGAUUGAGGAAACUGGGCUAUACCAAAGAAGAAGAGGAUAAAAUGUAUAAUUCUGAGUUUUUCUAUGAGAAUGCGAAGAUACCUUCAGUUACCUUGAAUAAGGACUCACAAUUCCACAUAAUUAAACAAGCUAGAGAUGCAGUUGGAAACGAUGGUGAUUAUUAUAAUCAAAGGAUGUAUUCUUCAUUGCCUGUUGAAGUUCCUCUGAAUCACAAACGGUUUGUUUGUGAUCUAACCCAAGCCGAUCGUCUUGCCCUCUAUGAUUUUGUAAUCGAGGAGACAAAGAAAAAGCGCUCAGAUUCUCAAAUUAUUGAAAAUGACAACGAUCUCUUUGUAGACUUGGCUGCCAAAGUCAAUCAAGAUAAUAGUCGAAAAAGUCCAAAAUCUUACCUUGAAAUCCUGGCAGAAGUGAGAGAUUAUAAAAGAAGACGCCAGUCCUAUAGAGCUAAGAAUGUUCACAUAACCAAGAAAUCAUAUACUGAGGUGAUUCGGGAUGUGAUCAACGUGCACAUGGAGGAACUCAGCAGCCAGUGGCAGGAGGAGCAGGAGAAAGCAGAGGACGAUGCGGAGAAGAAUGAAGAAAGGCGGUCGGCUUCAGUAGACUCACGGCAGUCUGGGGGAAGCUAUCUGGAUGCGGAGUGUUCACGACAUAGAAGGGACCGGAGUAGGAGCCCCCAUAAACACAAAAGGAGCAAAGAUAAGGACAAACACUGGGACUCAAGAAGAAGGAAAGAGAGGGAUGGGGAAAGACAUCAUAGUCAUAAAAGAAGAAAGCAAAAAACAUAAACGAAGUAUUUGUGCAUGUAUUAAUCAUGCUUAUGCCAUGGUAACCAGUAUGCUGAUAUUUUUAUCAUAAUUGCUUUGAGUAGGAGAAUGUGCUUAUAUGGACUGUUUAGUGCUCAGAUCAUUAUUUUUCAACCAAUACUUACAUGUCAAACCAUGAGUACAUUGAUUAUGCCCUAGAACUUUGUUUUCCUUAUAUUUUAAUGGAUGAUUGCCUCCUAUUACUGAUUUUGUUUCAUUCUUUUUUUGAUAAUUUAUGUAUCAGAAAAUUCUUUAACUAAAGUGAAUAUUUAAACUUUAUAACUAAUACAUAAAUGCAUUCUUACUGUAAAAAAUUAAACCUUGGGCUUCCCUGGUGGCGCAGUGGUUGAGAGUCCGCCUGCCGAUGCAGGGGACACGGGUUCGUGCCCCAGUCCGGGAAGAUCCCACAUGCUGCAGAGCGGCUGGGCCCGUGAGCCAUGGCUGCUGAGCCUACGUGUCUGGAGCCUGUGCUCUGCAAUGGGAGAGGCCACAACAGUGAGAGGCCCACAUACCGCAGAAAAAAAAAAAAUUAAACCUUACAGAUAAGGCUAAAGAACGCUUGGAGCACCAUCUGUGAUCCCUGUGGCCACCUCGGGGUAACCACAGGUGAACUGUAAAAGGGAAAAACAACCCAAGUAUUUAUCAGAAGGGGAAAGGCCUGGCUAAAUAAAAUGUGGUAUAGUCACAUGAUAGAUUACUAUAUUGGAUUUAAAGAAAUAAACUAUAUUAUCAUGAAUAGAUCUCAGAGACAUGCUAAAUGAAAAUAAACAAGUUUCAGAAAUGUGUACAAGUUAUAUCUAUGUACAAAACAAUACUGUACAUCUUCUUGGGCUGUAUAUGUAUGUAAAUAUAUUUUUAAAGGUUCAGAAGAACUCAUCCCAAACUCCCAGCAGUGAUUAUUUGAGGGAGGAGGUAUAAAUGGGAGAGAGAAAGGAUGGAAACCAGGAUUGGGAGGGUGGUCAAAGGGAACUUAAGCUUUAUCCAUUAUGCAUUAAUUUUUUAAAAAUAAGGUAGUGUUUGUGUUUCACUUGUUAAUUAAAAAUAUACUGUUUUGUUUUUUGUAAAUUUGAUUGAGGUACUGUUUACAUGCAGUAAAAUACAUUCAUUUUAAGUGUACAUUUCAUUGAGUUUUGACAAACUUACACCCCCCUACCAUGUAUCCUUCAUCUCAGUCAAGAUAGAGAACAUUUCCGUCUCCCUCAGAAGUUCCCUUAUACCUCUUUUCCCAAUCAGUUUCUCUACCACCAGCCCUAAACAACCACAGAUCUUCUUUUUGUUACUGUUGAUUAGAUACAUCUUUUCUAGAAUUCAUGUAAGUGGAAUGCUACAACACAGUACUUGCCUCUUCACAGACUGAUCCAUUGGUUUUCCUUCUCGCUGCUGGUGGUAUAGUCUAUUCUAUUGUAUGCCAGAUUGUUCAGUUGAAGCUUUGGCAUUAAAUGUUAAACAUCUCAUGUCUGAAGAGCAGUAUCUGCGAAACCCAGGUUAAGGAUUCCAAGGUGGGUUCCAAAUAGAAAGGAAACCUUGAUUAUGUGAGUAAGGAACUGACAGUGCCAGAAAGGUUGACUGGUUUUAGAUCAGAUUGGCUGCUAGGUUCAGGUGUGGAAGAAGCUCUAAUUUAUAGGGUGAGAAUCAACAGGUCACUUGCCAGUAUAAAGCCCUAUUAGUGCCGUGGUACUUAAUUUCUAAGUAUAUAAAAUUCAUAUUGAAAAGUCUUAAAAACAAGGACUUUGGAGUUACCAUAAUGUU